CGCUGCGCCUCCGCAGCAUAUAACCUCUCCCACCUCUCGCCCUCCGCCAUCCCUCUCUCCUCUUUGGCGGCGGCGGCGGAAGAGAGCGACGCAGACGGACGGCGUGGUGGUCUCCCCCUCCGGCGACGUAGCUCGAGCUCGCAACCAUGGCGAGGGGAUUGAAGAAGCAUCUCAAGAGGCUCAAUGCGCCCAAGCACUGGAUGCUCGACAAGCUCGGCGGAGCUUUUGCCCCCAAGCCAUCGUCUGGACCUCACAAGUCCAGGGAAUGCCUGCCCCUGAUCCUCAUCAUCAGGAACAGGUUGAAGUAUGCGCUGACAUACCGUGAGGUUAUCUCUAUCCUGAUGCAGCGGCAUGUCUUGGUUGAUGGGAAGGUCAGGACUGACAAGACCUACCCUGCUGGUUUCAUGGAUGUGAUUUCCAUUCCAAAGACUGGUGAGAACUACAGGCUUCUCUAUGACACCAAGGGUCGCUUCCGCCUUCAGUCCGUCAAGGAUGAGGAUGCCAAGUUCAAGCUUUGCAAAGUUCGGUCUGUCCAGUUUGGACAGAAGGGCAUUCCCUAUCUGAACACCUAUGAUGGACGCACCAUCCGCUACCCGGACCCUUUGAUUAAGGCUAACGACACAAUCAAGAUUGAUCUUGAGACCAACAAGAUUGUUGACUUCAUCAAGUUUGAUGUGGGCAAUGUCGUUAUGGUCACAGGAGGGAGGAACACUGGUCGUGUUGGAGUAAUUAAGAACAGGGAGAAGCACAAGGGCAGUUUUGAGACCAUCCAUGUGGAGGACGCAUUGGGCCAUGCCUUCGCCACCCGUCUGGGCAAUGUGUUCACCAUCGGCAAGGGCAACAAGCCAUGGGUGUCUCUCCCUAAGGGCAAGGGUAUCAAGCUCAGCAUCAUCGAGGAACAGAGGAAGCGAGAUGCUGCUGCUCAGGCUGCUGCAAAUGCUUAAAUACAUUUCUAUCUUCAAAAUUUGAGUUUUGUUUGGGUUGACAGAAUUUUCCAUCCUAGUUGAAAUGUAGUUCACAGUAAUACUGUUAAGUUGCAGAGAUGCAUCCUUUUCUACUGUUAUUUCAUGUUAUCGAGCCAUUUUAUUGUGUUCAUCUUUUGGCCUUGAAGCUACCAAAAUGGCUGAGACCGUUAUCAUCAUGCAGUCAUUAUAAUGAACAGUAGCAAUUAGCCAUCACUUGUUUA